GGGACAUGCUACUAUAUGGGCAACUGUAGGCUUUUAUUUUUCAAUAACGGAUACUAUAAAUAUAUCUGUGCCGUCACUUCCGUUAGCCCCUGGUUUUUCCUCGAGGAACCCCGUCUAUCUUCCUUUUCGCGCAUCAUGGCGGACCGGUUCAAUAAGAUUCUGCUGCUGGAUGGCAGGGGCCAUCUGCUCGGCAGGCUUGCUGCUAUCGUAGCAAAACAACUUCUGUUGGGACACAAAGUGGUGGUCGUUAGAUGUGAAGGCAUCAACAUCUCCGGCAACUUCUACCGCAACAAAUUGAAGUACUUGGCUUUCUUGCGCAAGAGGAUGAACACCAAUCCUUCUCGUGGUCCGUACCACUUUAGAGCUCCCAGCAGGAUCUUCUGGAGAACAGUCAGAGGCAUGCUCCCUCAUAAAACUAAGAGAGGCCAGGCUGCCCUCGACAGGCUGAAGGUGUUUGAUGGUAUUCCUCCUCCCUACGAUAAGAGGAAGCGCAUGGUUGUCCCAGCUGCCCUAAAGAUUGUGCGUCUGAAGCCUAACCGCAAGUUUGCGCUCCUAGGCCGUUUGGCACACGAGGUUGGCUGGAAGUACCAGGCCAUCACAGCCACUCUGGAGGAGAAGAGAAAAGCUAAGGCGAAGCUCCGCUACGUCAGGAAAAAGACGGUGAUGAAGCUGACCAAACAGGCAGAAAAGAACGUUGAGGACAAGAUUGCAAAGUACACAGACGUUCUUAAACAGUAUGGAGUCCUUGUCUGAUCUGUUUGAUCUGGUUAAUAAAGAUAAAUAAAUAUUUAUA